AUAACGUUCACGCGGAUGUUGGAUCCAAUCCCCUGUAGAAGUCAAUACGUUUUAAGGCAAUAGGGUCAUUGGGGUCCUAACACAUAAAUACGAAUUCGAUGACUCAUACAAUGUGAUCAUUUUGUCGCAAUAAUACAGGCCCUCGCAGUGUAUGAGAUGGGUUCACUGUGCCCUCUACCUUUUCCGGUGAACCGAUUCAAGCCAGAACUUAUAACACCGGUGAAGCCAACGCCAAUUGAAACCAAGCAGCUGUCGGAUAUAGACGAUCAGGACGGCCUUCGGUUUCAUUUUCCCGUCAUCAUGUCUUAUAAGAACAAUCCUUCAAUGAAAGGAAACGACGCCGUUGUGGUGAUCAGGGAAGCACUGAGUAGGGCACUAGUGUAUUACUACCCUUUGGCUGGUAGACUCAGGGAAGGGCCCAACAGAAAGCUUAUGGUGGAAUGCAAUGGAGAAGGUGUCUUGUUCAUAGAGGCUAAUGCUGACGUCACGCUUGAGCAACUUGGGGACAGAAUUCUACCCCCUUGUCCUGUCUUAGAGGAGUUCCUGUUUAAUCCCCCUGGCUCUGAUGGUAUUCUUGGUUGCCCUUUGCUGUUAGUUCAGGUAACUCGCCUGACAUGUGGAGGCUUCGUUUUUGGAUUGCGCAUAAACCACACAAUAUGUGAUGCAGUGGGGUUGGCUCAAUUCUUGAACGCAAUUGGGGAGAUGGCCCAAGGAGCAGAUUCACCAUCAAUCCCUCCAGUGUGGGCACGAGAGCUCCUCAAUGCCAGAGAUCCACCAACAAUUACACGUCCGCAUUACGAAUAUGACCAAUUGCUUGAUUCACAAGGCUCUUUCAUUGCAGCAAUAGACCAAUCAAACAUGGCCCAACGAUCCUUCUAUUUCAGUCCACAGCAGAUCAGAGCCCUCAGGAAACAUCUUCCACCCCACCUUUCCACUUGCUCCUCAUUUGAUCUCAUAACAGCCUGCGUCUGGAAAUGCCGGACGCUUUCACUGAGACUGAAUCCAAAAGACACUGUUCGCAUUUCCUGCGCUGUCAACGCUCGCGGGAAGCGCUUCAAUGAUCUUUGCCUUCCCUCGGGAUUCUACGGCAAUGCGUUUGCUAUCCCAACUGUCGUUUCAACGGUGGAACUUCUGUGUGCAAGUCCACUGGGAUAUGGUGUGGAGUUGGUGAGGAAGUCCAAAGCUCAGAUGGAUAAAGAGUACAUGCAAUCACUGGCUGAUUUUUUCGUGAUCAGAGGAUGGCCUCCGCUUCCAAUGGGAUGGAAUGUGUUUAUAGUUUCUGAUAAUAGACAUACUGGUUUGGGAGAGUUUGAUGUUGGGUGGGGAAAACCAUUAUUUGCUGGACUUGCGAGAGCGGUCAGUAUGAUCAGCUUCUAUGUCCGAGACAACAACCAAGAAGAGGAAUUUGGAACUUUGGUGCCCAUAUGCUUGCCAAGUACGUGUUUGGAGAGGUUUGAGGAGGAGCUCAAGAAGAUGACAUUGGAGCAUGUCGAGGAGAUAUCUAAAUAAGAUGUAAAGGCUUAUGUGUCUGAAUAAUUAAGUCUAGUUAUCUUGUGUUGUGUGGGCUUUCAUUUCUAUGGUCGGGUGUGGGUUUGUUUUCCCCUAUGCCUCUUUGCAUUUGGAGUUAGUUUUUUUAUUUUUAUUUUUAUUUUUUUGUCGUCUUUUCGUAGUUAGAGGUCAGGUUUGUGGUUUGUUUGUAUACAAAAAAUUGUUGAGAAAAACGAUUGUCAUUAUAUUAUUAUAUGUUUAAUAACGUUUAAAUGCUGCAAA